UGAAUCUUUUCAGUUACAGCUGGUCAAUUAAGGUGUUAACAUCAAAUCUGUAUAAAAAACAAAAAAAAAAAAAUGAAGGUCGAACCUAGUAAUCCUGUACCAGCCUGGUUAACCAGAGAGUAUCUGGAAGCGGCAUUUCGCCGAUAUAAAAACGAUGACGCACUCCGAAUUACCGAACUGGACAUUAAGUGUGACACGAGUAAAGGCGAACAUUACUUAAGCGUUUUGACGCGCAUCAAAAUCAAAUUUCAGUUAAGCAACAACAUCACUGAAUGUGGCUCCUACGUUGUCAAGGCUUGUUACGAUGAUGAUCCUCUUUCCACACAAAUCAUCAGAGGCUAUGAUGUCUACAACACCGAGAUGGUUAUGUACGACAAGGUCUUACCGAAAUUGUUGAAAAUACUGCAAGAAAUUGACAAUUGUGCCAAGCCAUUCGCGGACACCAUUCAUGUGGACUACGAACAUUCAGUCAUCAUACUGGAAGAUUUGGCAGUACUGAAUUACGGUACGGCUAAUCGGAUUGCGUAUUUGAAUGAGACAAAAGUGAAAUUAGUUCUAAGCAGCUUAGCCAAAAUGCAUGCAGCCGCCGCCGUGCUAAACGAACGUACGCCUGGGGUGCUGAACAAACUAAAUAUGGGUUUGCACAAUCGCUCAACAAAGGGUCUUGCACCGUACUUUGAAGGCUUUGUCGAGGUGUGCGCCAACUUUGCCGGCAAGUGCGAAUCGUUGGGCCCUUACUAUGAGAGGAAACUGCUGCAGCUGAAGCCAAAUGUGAUGGAAUACUCUGCAAGGGUGUAUGAGCCUCCACAAAGUUAUUUUCAGACGCUCACGCACGGUGAUCUAUGGACUAAUAACAUUCUUUUACGUUAUGUCGACGCAGAGGCUAAUAAAGUGGAGGGCAACUUGAAGCAACUUAAGAAUGCCGUUCUAAUCGAUUUUCAGUUCAGCAGUUGGUCAUCACCAGCAGUGGAUCUUCACUAUUUCUUCAACACGUCGCUGCCAAAUGAGUUGCGCAUAGACCGACAGGAUGAGUUGGUGCGGUACUACCACACCGUAUUAGCGGACACAUUGAGCCAGCUGAAAUAUAGUGCGCGUAUACCCAGUUUGCAUGAUAUCUGCGUGCAAAUGGAAGCCGGACGAUUCUAUGCGCUAACUUCUACAGUGGUUAACCAAUGUGUGAUGAUAAACGAUAAGGCCGAUGAUGCUGAGUUCAGAAACCUUAUCGGUUCAGAUGAACGCGCGUCUAAUUUUAGGGCCAAUGUGUACACCAAUAAAGCAGUGCAGGAGAAUAUUAAGUGCCUCUUGCCGUACUUCGAUCGCAAAGGACUGCUGGAUACGCCUCAACACGCUCCGAGUGUUCAGUUGUGCAAAGCGGCAUUUAUAUUUUUUGUGCUAAUCAGAAUGACUAAAACUACUGAACCCGCUGCGGCAUGGCUGACGAAGGAAUACUUCGAGUCAAUUUUACGUAAAUACAAAAAAGAUAGUAAUCUCACAGUCACCAGUAUUAUUGACGGUUCCGGUACAUCGAAGGGUGACAGUUACAUUAGCAAUAUGACGCGUGUCAAAGUGGAAUAUCUUUUGUCGAACAACAAGGAGCCACAAUACGGCUUUUACAUUGCAAAAACCAGUUUCGAAGGUGACCCAGUGAUUGAAAAAAUUAUGAAGGAUUUUGAUGCUUACGGCAGAGAGAUGUUUAUGUACGAUAAAGUGUUACCACAGAUGAACCAACUAUUGUUGGAGAUCGGAGACGACGAUAAACUCUUUGCCGACACAAUCCAUGUGGACUUUGAGCGUUCGGCGAUUAUUUUGGAAGAUUUGUCAGUGUCACACUUUGCAAUUGCUGACCGUAUAGCCGGCAUGGACGAGCAACAGGCCAAGUUGACUUUGAGGAAAUUAGCCAAAUUCCAUGCCACCGGUGCAGUGAUGAACGAACGCAUGCCGGGCGUUUUAACGAACUUGCAUGGUGGGUUCCUUAGACGCUCGAAUCACGCCUUUGAGCCUUUUUUCCAAGGUAUGACUGAGGUUUGCGCUGAUUUCGCCGGUGGCUGCAAAGAGUUGGGCGCUUACUACAAGGAAAAAUUGCUCAAAUUGAAGCCCGUCAUAUUCGAGUAUGCAGUGCGAAGUUUCGAUCACAAAGAAGGACACUUUCUGACGCUUGUACACAGUGACAUGUGGGCAACUAACAUAAUGCUGUCGUUUGAAACGGAAGGCCAAAAGAAUGGCACAAAAAGCGUUAAGGAUGCGCGCCUAAUUGAUUUCCAGUUCAGUAAUUGGUCGUCACCAGCAGUGGAUUUGCAUUAUCUAAUCAACACUUCGUUCGUGAGGGAGCUGCGUAUACAGCGCCAGGAUGAGCUUAUACAGUAUUACCAUGGAGUAUUGGCAGACACGCUGCGAAAGUUCAACUAUGGCGGUCAUGUGCCGACUUUGCAUGAACUGUGGGUGCAGCUGGAAGAUCGGCGAUUUUACGCUUUUACAUCAUCACUAGUAAAUCAUCCUUUAACGAUAAGUGAAACUACUGAAGACGCGGACCUUAGAAGUUUGACCGAGAUCAGCGAACGCUCCAGGAACUUUUACAAAAAUUUAUAUAGUAACAAAAGAGUUCAAGAUGUCAUGAAAACACUGUUGCCAUUUUUCGAUCGGAAAGGACUACUAGAUAGAGUAGAUUAGAUUAAAAACUCAUAAAAUAAUUAAGUAAAUAAGAUAAUGAAAUAGCACUAAACCAAGUAAAUGGAUUAAUUAUUACAUAAGAUAGGCAAGCAGAAAAGACACAAAUUUACUAUCAGCAUACCUUGUAAUCAGGCACCUCACACCGAUUAGAAGCCCAUUACUCUUAUCAAUGCGUGCAUACAGUGGUCACACAAUUUAUUCGUACACCCUGCGUAGAACGUGGAAAUUUUUAGCUUUGCGCAAAAUAUUUGCUGAGAAAAUAUAUACCUUUUGAGGUCACUGUAAGAAUGUUACAUUCCGAAUGAAUGGCCGCAAACAAAACUCCCGUUAUUUCGACUCACACUGAAGGGUUCUAAGGAAAGCAAGCAGACGUAGCAAAUUGCUGCAAAACAUUUAUUCGUACGCUAUCAGCUCAUGUUAUUGUUGCCGCAAAAGUAACAGUAAACUCGUUUGUGUUUUUACUAUCGUUUGUUGCUGAAAACGAAAUAAAGUUGGUUAAACGGGACGAA